UCAGCCCAAAGGCCGCCCUACCGCGGCAUACGUUGGAAGUGGGGCUGAGAUGAGCAGCGGGGGCUCCGUGACGCUGAGCCCAAGUAAAACUGGGGAGUCGCCGCUUUCUGGCGGCAAGAAGCGUGACUCGUUGGGGUCAGUGUCGUCACAUCCUAUUUUAAAAGAUGUUGGAGAAAUAUAUUCCCGACUUCUGGAUCACAGACCAGUUAUUCAAGGAGAAAUUCGUUACUUUGUUAAAGAAUUUGAAGAAAAGCGUUGUCUCCGAGAAGUGCGGGUUCUCGAAAACUUGAAGAACACAACUUUCGACGCAAAUGACCAAACUCUGCCGAAGUGUGAACAAAUGAUGCACGGAAAUCUAAAUGAAGCGCUCAGGAGGUUACAGGUAGCCAAUGAAAUGAUGAACAGAGUCCAGCAAAGGGAGCAGAAUGAAAGACAGCUUCAGACUGAGAAGCUAAUGGCUGGCGAAACACAGCGUAUAGCACUGUGGGAAGAAUUCGUGAAGGAGCAGCACAGUCUAAAAGCAGUUGUGGAUGAAGAGCACACAAAAGCUAUGGAGCGCCUUAAAGAACAAUAUGCUUCAAUGGAAAAGGACCUGGCCAAACAUACCCUUUAAGAAACUCUCAUUCACAAUGAGACUGUUUCUCAUUUGCAGUAUUAACUUCCAAUCUUAUUCCAACUUUUUCCAGUUUCAGGAUUGCCAACACAAUAUCAGAAUUCAGACAACAUAGCAGGAAUAGCAAUGAUAUAAACACACUCCCCCACAAACUUUGUAACAAUUGGAAUUGGUACUAGUAUUACAUUUAUGUUCAAAGUUAAUUUUUUAAAAGCAUCAGGUCUACACAGAACCAGAAACAGUAUUCUUCUUCAACAACUUGGCUAGUUCCCCUUUAUCCAUUCACAAUUAUCCAUCUCAUAAAUACAUAAUACGGGUUUUAUGUUAGACUUUCCCCAAGAAAAGUAACGCUUGGAGAUGGGCUACUUUGGCUAGGGAAGUAAUGUAGCUAUUUGCAGAGGAAUUGCGAUUCUCUGACUUUCAGAACAAUGUUGACUGAAAAUUCACCCAAAGCCACAACCUAGUGGAAUUACGAUGGUCUAUGGAUUAAUUCUUUAUGUUAGUGCGGUCACCAUAAAGACAGCUGAAAGGUCUCUAGGAAAAAAUAAUAAUUGUAGCCACAUUGUUUUGAUUCAGUAGACUAGCGAGAGAGGACGACAACCUAACAACUUUUCUUUUAUUAACUUAUCCAAUAUGUAUUUGUCCUGCUGAUGAUUCAGUGCGUUUACAAGGAAUACCAACGUUGUUGGGCUCUGUUCCCCAAAGUCCAUGACAGUACUUCACGUUCUGUGGGGGAUGACUUCUACUUUUUGUGAACGUUGCAGAUGAACAGGUCUUACUAGAGCUGAAGAACUUCACAUAACAAUUUGUGUUUUUACAAGUAGAUGGUAUUAUGGAGCAUGACCAACCCUUCUCCUUGCUGUGAUUAAUCUGUAUUAAAUAUUUGCAUAAUAGAGAGACAGCUCCUUGAUUAGCCCUUUGUAACCUAACCAUUUUUUUAAAAAAAAAAACCAUUAAUAACAGGAUGAAAGCUGAGGCAGGCUAAGUCAGGGACAGGGAAAUCAAGUGUUAUUUUAACAGCUAGGCAGUGUGUAAAAUAGGAACAUGUAAAACAAAAUUACUCAUUAUCUGUGUUGCGACUGCAGUAGGCCAACAAUGGUUGCCUGUGUGAAUGUAUGGCUUAAUGUCAAGACUCCAUCCUGGCAGCCUGUUGAUAAUGUGAUUAAAGUGAGCAGAGGAGAUGGAAUAA